GUCAAAGUCAGCCCACCAGCAACAGCAACCUGAAAGAACUUAAAAACUGAUUUCUCAAGGAAAAUGGAUACCAAUCGAAUCUUCCAGCAUUUGUAGAGAGCUUCCUGCAGAUCGAGAAAAAUGGCCGACGCUGCUGUCGAAUUUCUGCUGCUGAACCUCAAACAGCUUCUGGUUUACAACGCCGAUCUGAUUCUUAAUGUCAAAGAGCACGUCGAAUCCCUAUACAACCAGUUCAGCAUGUUCAAGGCCUUCCUCAAGGAUUCGUCCGAGAAGCGCAACGAUUACGAGAUCGUCAAAGAGCUGGUCAGGCAGAUCCGAGCCAUCGUCUACAAAUCCGAAGACCUAAUCGACACCUUCGUGGCACACACCGCCUUUCAGAGGUCCAGGGGCCCCGUGGCCAGGCUCAUUCACGGCAUCGACUAUUCAGCGAAGCUUCGCGGCCUGGCCAGGGAGAUCCAGUCCAUCCGGGAGAAAGUCGACGAGAUUUACCGGAAACAGUCGUUCGGAUUGGAGGCUUUGCAGCUCCGCGAGACCUCCGGCCGGGGAUCACCUGAGAAGAAGGCUCCGGUCGUCGAGGAAGAGAAUGUCGUAGGGUUCGACGAAGUGGCCGAGGAGGUGAUUGAUGGAUUGAAUGCUGGAGGGAAAGAGGAGGUUGAAGUUGUGGCUGUGAUUGGAAUGGGGGGUUUAGGUAAGACCACUUUGGCUAGAAAAAUCUUUACCGAUCCUGCAAUUGAGUUUGAAUUCUAUAUCCGAGCUUGGGUUUAUGUUUCUCAAGAUUACAAUCGGAAAGAGGUUUUCCUAGGGAUUUUGAGUUCGCUGGAUAUGCUAGCUGAUGAAAUGCAUAGAUGGAGUGCCGAAAAGCUCGCCGAUGAGCUGAGGGUGAUUUUGCAGCGUGGAAGAUACUUAGUUGUGCUGGAUGAUGUGUGGACAAAAGGGGCUUGGGAUGACCUCAAAAUGGCCUUCCCCAAGAACAAUAAUAAAAGUAGGAUAUUGUUAACAAGUCGGAACAAUGAAGUUGCGAUCCAUGCCACCGAUAGGAAUCCUUACUUGCUGCGCUUUCUGAACGACGAUGAGAGUUGGGAGUUACUUGAAAAGAAGGUUUUCCGGAAAGAAAAAUGCCCGCCAGAGCUGAAGGAUCUGGGGAGGGGAAUUGCAAAGGAAUGUGGCGGCUUGCCACUAGCAAUUGUGGUGAUUGCAGGGCUUCUGAUGAAGAAAGAGAAAACCUGUGACUGGUGGGAGAAGGUUGCUAAAAGGGUGAGUUCUUACGUUGCUAGAGACCCUAAGCAAUGCAUGGACAUUCUAGCUCUGAGUUACAACUACUUGCCCUAUCACUUGAAGGCCUGUUUCCUGUAUUUGGGAGUCUUCCCAGAGGACUAUGAGAUCCCCGUGUGGAAGCUGAUCCAAUUGUGGGUGGCUGAGGGAUUUAUCCAGCAGGUUGGGGAAAUAAGAUUGGAGGAUACAGCGGAGGAACAGUUGGAGGAUCUUGUUGACAGGAACUUAUUGUUGGUUGAGAAGAGGAGGUCUGAUGGGGGAAUCAAAACGUGUCGCAUUCAUGAUAUGCUGCGAAAUCUAUGCUUAAGAGAAGCUACAGAGGAGCAGUUUCUCCACGACAUUAAAGGUUCCAUUGAAGUUCCCGGUUUGCCUUUCACCCCUAUCAUCAACCAAUAUCGCCGUCUUUGUAUCCAUUCCCGUGUUCUGGACUAUAUCUCUUCAAAACCUUCUGAUCCACAUGUGCGCUCUUUCUUGUGCUUCCCCGUUGAAGAAACAGAGUUGUGCAGAGAGUAUACUUCUUUCAUCCAUGAAGCCUUUAAAUUGCUCAGGGUGUUGGAUAUAGGGUCGGUCAGACUCUCCCUUUUCCCUGUCAAGAUGAAAGAACUAGUUCAUUUGAGGUAUAUUGCCCUCUACGGUAAUUUUGAGGUGCUUCCCGAUUCAAUCUCUGACCUAUGGAACCUUCAAACGAUUAUCAUUGAAACAUCAUCGCGAAACCUGAAGGUCAAAGCUGAUAUUUGGAGAAUGUUGCAACUGAGACAUAUACACACAAAUGCAUCAUGUCGUUUGCACGGCCCUCCAGCUAAUGUUCGAAAGGAUGGGAAAGACCCUCUGGUAAGGAGCAACCUGCAAACUAUUUCUGCACUGUCCCCUGAAAGUUGUACUGGAGAUAUUCUAGCGAGGACUCCCAACCUCAAGAAACUAGGAAUACGCGGCAAAUUAGCUGUGCUCCUGGAGGAAAAGGGAGGCCGCAACAUGUUCGAUAACCUUACCCAGCUGGAUCACCUUGUGGCUUUGAAGCUGUUGAAUGACACAUUCCCUAAUCCUCCUUGCGGCGGUACCCUCCCCCAACUGUACAAAUUCCCACCAAACCUGAAGAAGCUAACUUUGGCAGAUACCCUUGUGGACUGGCAGCAUAUGUCUACACUGGGGAUGUUGCCUAAGCUUGAGGUGUUGAAAUUGAAAAACAAUGCCUUUAGGGGAAAAUGCUGGCAAACACAGGAUGGAGGCUUUCGGAGACUUAGAUUCCUACAGAUUGGGAAGACCGAUUUAGUGAACUGGGAGGCUUCAAGUCAUCACUUCCCUAGACUUCAACGUCUCAUUCUCAAGUACUGUGAAAAACUACAAGAAGUGCCUUCGGGCCUGGGUGAUGUAUCUUCACUUCAUGUCUUAGAGCUGCAUCAUGCCUCCCGUACUGCUGUGGCUUCUGCCAAGGAAAUUCAGAAGCAAAAGCAUGAACUGCACCAAGGCCUCAAGCUCCUUGUGUAUCCUCCAGAACCAUAACCAUAACAUGUGGCUUCGUUUUUUCUCAACACCAUGGAUUGAGAGGAUGCUUGAUAAUCAAGAGGUAUGACCAAUUAUCUACAGCCGUGAAGUUAAUUUAUUUGCUUAGAGAAUUAUCUUGUUGCUUGCGGUGGAAUUGUAGGCAUGGACUCUUUUUCAAGUUUUCGUUAAUUUGUUUACGAUUUGCGGUGAGUGGAUUCCUUUUGUGUUUUAACACAAAUUGUUUGGCCAGAUAAGAUUUUCAUAAAUUUCUCCUGCACUCACUCGUACCAAUAUCCUAUUAGUCGGCAACCCAUAUGAAUGAAUACAAGCGCCAGGCCUUCAUGAACUGAAUUAGAGGAUUGCUUCUAUUGUUUCUGAAGAAUUUCAAAUGUCAAAUCCUAUUCUUAAAUAAUAAGAGUUAUUAAAUACAACAUAUAAAGAUGAUGAA